CUGCAAGCAUUUCCCUCAGGCCAGUGAAUACAUCUGAACUAAGCUGAUCGUAAAGACACACUCAGCACAAUGGUUUAUUUGGCAGGGUUGGUUGGCUUGGUUCUCAUCUUGACUGCUGAAGCCAGAGUUGGAAACUCUUCUGAGUCUCGCUUCUGCACAGAGUCAAAGGAAUGUCUGCUCUAUGAUCUGGUGUGCAAGAAUGACAAUUAUGAGGUGCGCCACUAUGACUCAGUGAAAUGGGUGUCAACAGAUGAGGAAGCAUACUUCAUGGACAAGGCCACCUACACUGCCUUCAGGAGACUCUUCAACUAUAUCACCGGAUCCAACAAGGCUGGCGUCAACAUUGACAUGACAGCUCCGGUGACUGUCAAAAUUGAAGAGAAGAAGUGGGGGUCGUCGGUCUUCACGCUCAGCUUCCUCCUGCCGUCUACCCAUCAGAUGACUCCUCCCCAACCCACUGAUGACAAGGUGUACUUUACUGAGAUGCCAGACAUGAAAGUGUACGUGAGGGGCUACGGGGGAUGGAUGAUGUCUUUGACAUCCAGUGUAAACUCCAUGCUGCUGAAAAGGCAGCUAGACAAAGUCCAGGCCACCUACAACAAAGACUACCACUAUGCUGUGGGAUAUGACAGCCCAAAGAAGAUUCUGAACAGGCACAAUGAGGUGUGGUACAUUGCUGAGGGAGAUCCGGUGUGCCCUACCUCCUAAACAUCCUCCUCCACUACUGCUGAGUCUGGCAUUACUGCUUUGAGUAGGACCAAUUGGAGGUGCAUGGUAGACUGAGAACAACGAUAUGAACUAAGAGAUGUGUCCUUGAUCUAGUGGCACUGUAAUCCAAAAUCAAUAUUCCACAUGCUAUAGAGUGUAUACACACUGCAUGUCUUCAAAUUUUCUCAUAAUUAUUCAGGAUUCAAUUUGUUAGAGAGGUGACGAGCACCCCCUAGACCUGUGAUUCAAACUCUGUACAAUCAAUGUUGACUAUGAUUUGGAACUUUUUCUCAAUAAAAUAUGA